AUGUCUGGCUACCAACAAGGCCACUAUGAUGAUGGCUAUGGCCACCCGGCGGGCCACGGGGAUUCCUAUUACCAGGAUGAACACGCCGGCCAGGGAUACUACGACCAUCAAGGUUAUGAGGAUGGCUACUACGACCAAGGUGGUCACUACCCAGCGGAAGGUGGACAACAGGCCCCUGCUCAUGGAAACCAGGGCUACGCCGAUGGUGGAUACUAUGAAGGCGGCCAUCAGGAUGAGUACUACGGAGAUCAGUACUACGACCAAGGAGCUCAGAACCGAGGUCAUCGCGGAGAGUCAGAGGAGGAUUCGGAAACCUUCAGCGACUUCACUAUGAGAUCCGAAACCGCCCGCGCUGCCGAUAUGGACUACUAUGGCCGAGGUGAUGAGCGUUACAACAGCUACGGCUAUGCCGACAGCCAGUAUGGUGGUCGUAGCGGCUACGGUGGCUACCGUCCUCCCUCAUCCCAGGUCUCCUACGGCGGGAACCGCUCCUCUGGAGCAUCUACCCCCGUAUAUGGCAUGGACUAUGGAAACGCGUUGCCGGCUGGCCAGCGUUCGCGGGAGCCCUAUCCGGCCUGGACCACCGAUGCUCAGAUUCCUCUUUCCAAGGAGGAGCUCGAGGACAUCUUCCUCGACCUCGUCAACAAAUUUGGUUUCCAGCGUGACAGCAUGCGUAACAUGUACGACCAUAUGAUGACUCUCCUCGACUCUCGGGCUUCUCGCAUGACCCCUAACCAGGCUCUUCUGUCGCUCCACGCCGACUACAUUGGUGGCCACAAUGCUAACUACCGUCGUUGGUACUUCGCGGCCCACCUGGACUUGGAUGAUGCGGUCGGUUUCGCCAACAUGAAACUUGGUAAGGCGGACCGCAAGACACGGAAGGCUCGCAAGGCCGCCCAGAAAGCCGCCAAGCAGAACCCCGAGAACGAGGAGGAGACUUUGGAUGCUCUGGAAGGUGACAACAGUCUCGAGGCUGCAGAGUACCGUUGGAAAUCUCGCAUGAACCGCAUGUCUCAGCACGACCGUGCGCGUCAGAUCGCUCUUUACCUCCUGAUUUGGGGCGAGGCCAACCAGGUUCGAUUCUUGCCUGAGUGUCUUUGCUUCAUCUUCAAGUGUGCCGACGAUUACUACUCGUCACCCGAGUGCCAAGCCAAAGUUGAGCCGGUCGAAGAGUUCACCUACCUCAAUGAGAUUGUCACACCCCUCUACCAAUACUGUCGCGAUCAAGGCUAUGAGAUCGUGGAUGGCAAGUAUGUGAGGCGCGAACGCGAUCACAACGCUGUCAUUGGUUAUGAUGACAUGAACCAGCUGUUCUGGUACCCCGAGGGUAUUGAGCGCAUCCAUUUCGAAGACAAGACCCGUCUGGUGGAUAUCCCUCCUGCGGAACGUUGGCCCAAGCUGAAGGAUGUCCUCUGGGACAAGGCCUUCUUCAAGACCUACAAGGAGGUUCGCUCAUGGUUCCACAUGGUCACCAACUUCAACCGUAUCUGGGUCAUUCAUUUGUGCUCCUUCUGGUUCUUCACUGCUUACAACUCCCCCUCUCUGUAUGUUGGUACAUACCAACAGCAGGUGGACAACAAGCCUCCUAACUACAAGUACCUGGCUGCCGUUGGUUUCGGUGGUGCUCUCGCUGCCUUCAUCCAGAUCUUCGCUACCAUCUGUGAAUGGCUUUAUGUGCCUCGUCGUUGGGCUGGUGCUCAGCAUCUACGAAAGCGCUUCAUGUUCCUCCUCGCGGUCUUCGUUGUCAACCUCGUUCCCGGGGUCAUCAUUUUCGGCUUCCUCAACAAGUUCUCUGAGAGUCUGCAGAAACCCAUUGGUCUGGCCCUGGGUAUCGUUCACUUCGUCAUUGCCCUUCUCACUGCCAUUUUCUUUGCCAUCAUGCCCCUGGGUGCGAUGUUCGGAAAUUACAUGAAGAAGCACGGCCGACAAUAUGUCGCCAGUCAGACGUUCACUGCCAGCUUUCCCCGACUCCACGGCAAUGACAUGUGGAUGUCAUUCGGUCUCUGGGUUUGUGUUUUUGGCGCCAAGCUGGCUGAGUCUUAUUUCUUCUUGACUUUGUCCUUCAAGGAUCCUAUCCGUAUCUUGUCCCCGAUGCACAUCCACCAGUGCACUGGUGUCUACUGGAUUGGUAACACGCUUUGCCACUUGCAGCCUCAAAUCCUCCUGGGUCUGAUGUUCUUCAUGGAUCUCACCUUGUUCUUCCUCGACAGUUAUCUCUGGUACAUUAUUUGCAACACCAUCUUCUCGGUGGCUCGUUCUUUCUACCUCGGUGUGUCGAUCUGGUCUCCGUGGCGAAACAUCUUCUCCCGUCUGCCGAAGCGUAUCUACUCCAAGGUCCUGGCUACCACCGACAUGGAAAUCAAGUACAAGCCGAAGGUUCUUAUCUCCCAGGUGUGGAAUGCCAUCAUCAUAUCCAUGUAUCGUGAGCACCUGUUGGCCAUCGACCACGUCCAGAAGCUUCUCUAUCACCAGGUGCCAUCCGAGCAAGAGGGCAAGCGUACUCUCCGUGCCCCAACUUUCUUCGUUUCCCAGGAGGACCAAUCGUUUAAGACCGAGUUCUUCCCCGCUGGAAGCGAGGCGGAACGCCGUAUCUCUUUCUUCGCUCAGUCUCUGUCUACUCCCAUGCCCGAGCCUCUCCCCGUCGACAACAUGCCCACUUUCAGUGUCCUGAUUCCUCACUACAGUGAGAAGAUUCUUCUCUCUCUCCGUGAGAUCAUCCGUGAAGAUGAGCCCUACUCUCGUGUCACUCUGCUGGAAUACUUGAAGCAGCUCCACCCCCACGAGUGGGAUUGCUUCGUCAAGGACACCAAGAUUUUGGCCGAUGAAACUUCCCAAAUGAAUGGCGACUACUCGGAGAAGGGCGAAAAGGAUGCCGCCAAAAGCAAGAUUGACGACUUGCCCUUCUACUGCAUUGGUUUCAAGUCUGCUGCUCCCGAGUAUACUCUGCGUACCCGUAUCUGGGCUUCUCUUCGUUCUCAGACCCUGUACCGUACGGUAUCUGGUUUCAUGAACUACAGCCGAGCUAUCAAGUUGCUCUACCGUGUCGAGAACCCUGAAGUUGUCCAAAUGUUCGGUGGUAACUCUGAGAAGCUUGAGCGCGAGCUUGAACGCAUGGCUCGCCGCAAGUUCCGUAUCUGUGUAUCGAUGCAGCGUUAUGCCAAGUUCAACAAGGAUGAGCGUGAGAACGCCGAGUUUCUCCUUCGUGCCUACCCUGACCUUCAGAUUGCCUACCUCGAUGAAGAGCCUGCCCUUGUCGAAGGCGAGGAGCCUCGUCUCUACUCUGCUCUCAUCGAUGGUCACUGCGAAAUUCUCGAGAAUGGUACUCGCAAGCCCAAGUUCCGCAUCCAACUGUCUGGCAACCCCAUUCUCGGUGACGGAAAGUCCGACAAUCAGAACCAUUCUAUCAUCUUCUACCGUGGUGAAUACAUCCAGUUGAUUGAUGCAAACCAGGACAACUACUUGGAAGAGUGCCUUAAGAUUCGCAGUGUUCUCUCGGAAUUCGAGGAGCUGACCACCGACAACGUUUCCCCCUACACCCCCGGUAUUCCUUCUCCCGACAGUCACCCCGUCGCUAUUCUUGGUGCCCGUGAAUACAUUUUCUCUGAGAGCAUUGGUGUUCUUGGUGAUGUUGCGGCUUCCAAGGAACAAACAUUCGGUACUCUGUUCGCCCGUACUCUCGCCCAGAUCGGCGGUAAGCUGCAUUACGGUCACCCCGAUUUCCUGAACGCUACCUUCAUGUGUACGCGUGGUGGUGUCUCCAAGGCGCAAAAGGGUCUUCACUUGAACGAGGAUAUUUACGCUGGUAUGAACGCUCUUCUGCGUGGUGGUCGUAUCAAGCACUGCGAGUACUUCCAGUGUGGUAAGGGUCGUGAUUUGGGUUUUGGUUCUAUUCUGAACUUCACAACCAAGAUUGGUACUGGUAUGGGUGAGCAGAUGCUCUCUCGCGAGUACUAUUACUUGGGUACUCAGCUGCCUCUUGAUCGCUUCCUCUCCUUCUACUAUGCCCAUCCUGGUUUCCACUUGAACAACAUGUUCAUCAUGUUGUCUGUGCAAAUGUUUAUGCUUGUCCUGAUCAACCUGGGUGCUCUGAAGCACGAGACCAUCACCUGCAGAUACAACUCAGACCUGCCUAUCACCGAUCCUCUGCGUCCUACUUACUGCGCUGAUCUUCAACCCAUCAUCAACUGGGUCAAUCGUUGCGUUAUCUCAAUUUUCAUCGUCUUCUUCAUCUCCUUCGUGCCUCUUGCCGUUCAAGAAUUGACUGAACGUGGUGUCUGGCGCAUGGCUACCCGUCUCGCCAAGCACUUCGGAUCCUUCUCCUUCAUGUUCGAGGUUUUCGUUUGUCAGAUCUACUCCAACGCUGUUCACCAGAACUUGUCCUUCGGUGGUGCCCGUUACAUUGGUACUGGUCGUGGUUUCGCAACCGCCCGCAUCCCAUUCGGUGUUCUCUACUCCCGUUUCGCCGGUCCUUCAAUCUACACUGGUUCUCGUCUCCUUCUGAUGUUGCUGUUCUCCACGUCGACGGUGUGGACGCCUGCCCUUAUCUGGUUCUGGGUUUCACUGCUGGCUAUGAUCAUCUCGCCCUUCUUGUUUAACCCACACCAGUUUGCCUGGAACGAUUUCUUCAUUGAUUACCGUGACUACAUCCGUUGGCUCUCGCGUGGCAACUCUCGCUCUCACGCCUCUUCCUGGAUUGGCUUCUGCCGCUUGUCUCGUACCCGGAUCACCGGUUACAAGCGAAAGGUCCUUGGUGUUCCUUCGGAGAAGGGAUCGGGUGACAUCCCCAGGGCUCGUAUCACGAAUAUCUUCUUCAGCGAGAUUGUCGCUCCUCUCGUUGUUCUUGCAGCCACCCUGGUGCCAUAUCUCUACAUCAAUUCCCGCACCAUGUUCAGUGACAACACCAAGUAUGCCCCGAAUGCCAUUGCCAGAAUUGUCAUUGUCGCCCUCGCUCCCGUUGCCAUCAAUGCUGGCGUUGCUGGAAUGUUCUUUGGUAUGGCGUGCUGUAUGGGUCCUCUGCUCAGCAUGUGCUGCAAGAAGUUCGGCGCGGUUCUUGCCGCCAUUGCUCAUGCUAUCGCGGUGAUUGUUCUUCUCGUCUUCUUCGUUGUGCUUUUCCUCCUGGAGUCAUUCAACUGGGCACGAACCAUCUCUGGCUGCAUCGCCAUGAUGGCCAUUCAACGUUUCCUUUACAAGUUCAUCAUUUCCCUUGCCUUGACCAGAGAGUUCAAGCAUGAUCAGUCCAAUAUCGCCUGGUGGACUGGUAAAUGGUACAACAUGGGAUGGCACUCCCUCUCCCAGCCCGGCCGUGAAUUCCUUUGCAAAAUUACAGAGCUGGGAUAUUUCGCUGCCGACUUCGUCCUUGGCCACAUCAUCCUGUUCUUCAUGCUGCCGGUCCUUGCCAUCCCGUAUGUGGAUAAGUUCCACUCCGUCAUUCUGUUCUGGCUGCGCCCUAGUCGUCAAAUUCGUCCACCCAUCUACUCCCUUAAGCAGUCCAAGCUCCGGAAGAGACGUGUCAUCCGUUUCGCCAUUCUCUAUUUCGUCAUGUUGGUCAUUUUCAUCGUCCUCAUCGCGGGUCCCUUGAUUGUCAAGAGAUUGGGUAUGAACAAGACAAUCAGCAAAAGCCUGUGGGGCACUAUCGGCCUCACGGCGUCGAGCACAUCCAACACCAUGUUCCUUCUCCAGCCCAUGGACAGUGGUCUCAACGACACCGAGACCUACUACACUGGCAGCAACUUGCCCAAGGGCGAUCCGUCUAUGGCUGAGUCUUCGAUUACCAACCCCACUGCCUCUGGUACUUACGUUGACUUCAAGUUGAUCUAA